AUGGAGAAAAGUCAGCUGCACCAGAAUAUUUCACUCGUUGCUCCAUCGCAUGUUUUUUUUUCCUUCUUUUCCUUCUUUCGUUCUCUCAUGUCAUUUCUUCUUUUUUUUAAAUUUCCUUCGCCUGUGACUCGAGACUCGAUUUUCCUUCCUUUUAUUCUUUAUCCUUAUCUUUUUUCCUUCUUUCUUUCUUUCUUUCUUUCUUUCUUUUUUUCUUUCAUUAUUUCUUGCCUUCAUUCUCUUUUUUCUUUCUUUCUUUCUUUCUUUCUUUCUUUUUUCUUUCUUUCUUUCUUUCUUUCUUUUUUCUUUCAUUCUUUCUUUUUUCUUUCAUUCUUUCUUACCUUCAUUCUCUUUUCUUUCUUUCUUUCUUUCUUUUUUCUUUCAUUCUUUCUUACCUUCAUUCUCUUUUCUUUCUUUCUUUCUUUCUUUCUUUCUUUCUUUCUUUCUUUCUUUCUUUCUUUCUUUCGUUCCUUCGUUCGUUCUUUCGUCCUUUCUUUCAUUCAUUUCCUUCUCCCUCAUUGGUUCUUCUAUUCUUUCUUUCGUUCCUUCACACGUUCUUUCUUUCCUUCUUUUCUCCGACAUUUCUGCUUUCAUUUCUUUUAUUGUAUAUUUUUAUUUUAA